UACUACAGGUAAUGGUCAGUGGAUACGUCUACUGACCAGCUAUAUACACACGUGUGUACGUGGUGUGUAUUUGUAUAUCAGACGGGCCUGUUGCUGUUGUGUUCGCCACUGCUACCACGUUCCUAUGUACAUCUGACAGACAGGAUGGCAACAUUUGCAAAAUAUGGUUAUCUCGUGGGGUCAAUAGACCAAGGCUCAAGCAGUACUCGUUUUUCGGUGUUUUCCAGCAGGACUGGAGAGAUGGUAGCCUAUCACCAAGAGGAAUCCAUUAUCCUAACACCACAAGAAAGAUGGGCGGAAAUGGACGCCAUAUGGCUUAUAGAAUCUACGCGUGACUGUAUGAAGAAAACUGCUGACAAAUUGGAUAAUAUGGGUAUAGAUGUCAAAGAUAUAAAAUGUAUAGGUAUUACCAAUCAAAUGGUGACCAUUAUAUUAUGGGACAAAGUCACCGGGAAACCUUUGUGCAAUGCUAUAGUUUAUUCAGAUACAAGAGCUCAUGAUCGCCAUCAAGAAUUUGAAAGAAAUAUGUCACAAGAGGAACGCUUGAAAUAUCAGAAAGAAUGUGGUAUGCCGUUUACGUCAAUAUUCCUCCCGGUAAAGUUGCCCUGGAUACUGGACAAUAAUAAAGAAGUAAAGGAAGCCUUCAAUCAGGGGAGAUUACUCACAGGAACAGUGAACACUUGGAUACUUUGGACCCUGACUGGUGGUCCCAAUGGAGGUAUAUAUGCGACUGACGUCACCAAUGCUUGUCAUACAGGGUUGAUGAACAUCAAAACUCUUACAUGGGACGACAAUAUAUGCAGUGUAUUCAAAGUUCCGAAAUCAGUUCUGCCAGAAAUCCAUAGUACAUCUGAGGUUUAUGGCUAUAUGAAUGACGGACCUUUUAAAGGAAUUCCUUUGUCUGGGAUGAUUGGUGACCAAUUGGCAGCUACGACAGGACAGUUGUGUUUUAAGCCUGGGGAGUCAAAAUGCACAUAUGGUACUGUUGCUUCACUGAACAUCAAUACAGGAACUAAGGUAGUAACUUCAAGCCAUGGAUUACUUACAAGCCCUUUGUACCAACUUGGAAAGGGAAGCACACCUGUCUACACGCUGGAGGGUGUGGUCGCCUCCUGUGGAAACGUGAUUAAAUGGAUGAGGGACAACCUGGGAAUGAUCGAGAAAGCUUCCGAGAUAGAGGAACUAGCUAGCAGUGUAGCUGAUACUGAUGACUGUUAUUUCGUGCCAGCAUUCGAAGGAUUCUUCUGUCCGUACUGGACAGACGAUGCCCGAGGGAUACUCUGUGGACUAAAUUCCAGUACAACUAAGGCACACAUUUGCCGCGCAGCACUGGAAUCGAUCUGCUUCCAGGUCAGAAAGUUGUUAGAGAUUGCCGCAGAAGAGAGCGGGUUUGCCAUACCCUCUCUAAAGGUAGACGGCGGGAUGGUUGUUAACUCCUUUUUCAUGCAGAUGCAGGCUGAUAUCUUGGGAGAAAAUGUCGUCCGUCCUUUUAUGAGAGAAACAACAUCCUUUGGGGCUGCAUUAAUGGCGGGAGCGGCUGUCGGUAUGGAUGUUUUCCGGAUAAGCCCGGAUUCCCUAAGACUAGAAGUAGACUUUCCACAGAAAAUCGACGUAUUUGAAAAAUGUUGCUCUACAGAAGUCCUUGAAAAGAGACUGAGACGAUGGGAGAAGGCGGUACAUAAGUCCUUUGAUUGGAUGAAGGAUACUUAAAACAGAUUCAGGAAAAUGUAUAUAUUGUAAUUAGAGAAUAUCAUUACCUCUCGGUCAGAUAUACAACAUCGUAAUUAGUGUCAUUAAAGGUCAGUCAAGGUGUCCAACAUUGUAAUAAGAUAAUCCAAUAACGGAACAAUCAAGGUAUCAAACAUUGUAAUUGAUGUAUCUAAUUACGGGUCAAUUAAUAUGUCCAACUUUGUUAUCAGAGUAUCCGAUUACGGGUCAAUCAAGGUAUCGAACAUAAUAACAAUGUAAUUAGAGUAUUCAAUAACGGGUCAAUUAAUUAAUCAAACAAUGUAGUCAGAUUAUUAGAUGACGGGUCAAUUAAUUAAUCAAACAAUGUAGUCAGGUUAUUAGAUGACGGGUCAAUUAAUUAAUCAAACAAUGUAGUCAGGUUAUUAGAUGACGGGUCAAUUAAUUAAUCAAACAAUGUAAUCAGGGUAUUAAAUGACGGGUCAAUUAAUUCAUCAAAUACUGUAAUCAGAGUAUCCAAUUACGGGUCAUUCAUGGUAUCCAACAUUGUUAUUACAGUACCCAAUUACGGGUUAAUCAAGGUAUAAAACAUAUGUAAUUAGAGUAUCCGAUAUCCAGUCUAUCAACUUUCAAACAUUGUAAUCAGAGCAUCCGAUAACGGGUCAAAUACGGAAUCCAAUAUUGUAAUUAGAGUACCCAAUUAGGGGUUAAUCAAGGUAUAAAAUGUUGUCAUCCGAGUAUUUGAUUACUGGUCAAUCAAUAUAUCCAGCAUUGUGAGUACAGUAUCCGAUUACAGGUAAAUGGAGGUAUACAUCGUUGUAAUUAGAGAAUCAGAUUAUGAGCCAAUCAACGUAUCCAACGAUAUAAUUAUAGUAUCCGAUUACAGGUCAACGGAGGUAUACAUGGUUGCAAUUAGAGAAUCAGAUUAUGAGCCAAUCAACGUAUCCAACGAUAUAAUUACA